AUGGAUGUUGAGAUUGACAAUAAUAAGAUGGAGACUGAGAUACCUAUUCCUCCCACCGACAUUGGAUCAUUUAGUUCUAGAGCACCAGCACCAGGACACCUAUGUGCGAGUAGUACUACCACACCACCUCCAGGUAUUACUCUCGAUUCUUUGUUUGUCCGGUGGACUGCUGUUAUGGAUACACUUAUACAGAUGCAGAAUUGCACAGAUAAGCAACACAGUUUUACUUCUCCGAUGUUAGACUUUGCUGAUAGGAGAGUUAUGAAUCUGGAGAGGACAGAGGCGGCUACCUUGGGGAAUAUUGGGAGCUGA